CCAAACAAACCCUUAAGCCUCAGUUUCUUCCUUCUUAGGUUUUCUCAGCCUUGCCAGUUACAAUGGCUUCGAAAACUUCGUUCUUGUUUGCAUGUUUUCUUGUUGUAUCAACCCAGGUGUACAUUGAAGCUCAUUGUCCUCCGGGAGCUGAAGCACCUACCCCUUCAGUGUACGCCCCACCCCAGUCUCCCACCUCUCCACCACAGGCUCCUGCCACUCCUCCUGUCUAUACCCCACCACAAGCUCCUGCCACUCCCCCAACUAUCGCCACUCCUCCAUCAUACACCCCACCACAAACUCCUAGUACUCCUCCGAGUACUCCUGCCACUCCUCCAACUAUCGCCACUCCUCCUGUGUAUACCCCACCACAAGCUCCUAUCACUCCUCCGACUCCUGCCACGCCACCAACUAUGGCUACUCCUCCGUCGUACCCUCCACCACAAGCUCCUACCACCCCACCACAGACUCCUGCCUCCCCCCCAACAUAUGCUGCUCCACCAACCACCGCUACUCCUCCAACAUACACACUCCCACAAGCUCCAACCACUCCCCCAACUCCCGCCACUCCUCCAGUCUACACGCCACCACAGACUCCAGCUACUCCUCCAACUUCGGCUACUCCUCCAGCUUACACUCCACCACAAGCCCCAACCACUCCCCCAACACCUGCCUCUCCACCAACCACUGCUACUCCUCCAGUAUAUACACCUCCACAAGCUCCAACCACUCCCCCAACUCCCGCCACUCCUCCAGUCUACACACCACCGCAGACUCCAGCUACUCCUCCAACUUCGGCUACUCCUCCAGUUUACACCCCACCACAAGCCCCUACCACUCCCCCAACACCUGCCACUCCUCCAAUCUACACGCAACCACAGACUCCAGCUACUCCUCCAACUUCAGCUACUCCCCCAAUGUACACCCCACCACAAGCCCCAACUACUCCCCCAACCAACGCCCCACCACAAGCUCCAUCCACUCCACCAACCACCGCAACUCCGCCAAUAUACACUCCCCCAACACCAGCCACUCCACCAUCUAUGGCUACUCCUCCAGUAUACACACCCCCACAAGCUCCAACUACUCCCCCUACCCCCGCUACUCCCCCAGUCUACACACCACCACAAACUCCAAUUUCUCCCCCAAUUUACACCCCAACAGCUCCCCCAACCUCCACUCCCCCACAAGCUCCAAUCACUCCCCCAACUCCUGUUAGUCCUCCGACCUACACUCCACCACAAUCUCCUUCUGCCCCUCCAUCCCAACCUCCAUCUGAAUACCCACCAAUCCCAGUGACUCCUUCCAAGCCUUACAAUCACGGGUUCUGCGUGGUCGAAUGCAUGAAUAGAUGUAGAUCCUCACCAGCUUAUGUUGGAAGGACAAGGAUGUGUGUGAGAAUAUGCAGUGCAUGUUGUAAAGCAAACGACAAGUGUGUUCCUAGUGCUUCCGUUACAUGCCCCCGCUGGGACUCAAUUCUAUACCAUGGUUAUACCGUACAGUGCCCUUAAACAUUAAUUAAGGGCUAGUAGGCUACUUGCUCUAAGUCCCUAACACAAAAACUAUAAUUAUAUGUACUUUGCUAACGAAUUGUAUGGUUAAACUUUAUUUAGCUACUUCCCUUUGAUACCAUUCCAUAAUAAUAGUAAGUCGCACAAUACUCCUUCAUCUUGAGAGAUUAUGCAUCUCAAAUGAUUCUAUAUCAGCAACGUUGUACCCCCUAGCUAGCUCGUUGGUGUAUACUUCUUUUAACAAUGAUUUAAAGGAGUAAGACCAUGAGGUUAUCUUUCUGAAUGUUCUAUGGUUUUCUUUAUCGAAAUAUAUCGAUUACUCGGAGUUGUACACUUUUUACAAGUA